AUGUCUGAAGCUGCCCCCGACCAAGACGCUCUCAUUGCUCAGCUUGCUAGCCUGACUGGCCUCGAUCCCGCAACAGCAGAACGCUACUUGAACGCCUCCAACGGAGACCUCACCCUCGCUGCAUCUCUCUUCUUCGACGAGUCGGCCGAACAACAAGACGACACUUCCGAACCAGACGUUGACAUGGCUGGUGACGAGACAAACACAGACGCUCCCAGUGUGCCCCAAGGAGCUGGUGGAGGACGCACUCUCGGGGGCGCAUAUGUACCCUCACCUGCACCCGAAGCAUCUCGAUCAUCGUCUCAGCCUGCCGCUGCUCGCGGACAGCCUGCCCAGAGGGGCGUAGCAGGUGCGCGGACGCUGAGGGACCUGCAGUCAUCAGGUGGCGGACACGGACACGCCCAUGAUGACGACGAUGACGACGAGAACCCUGAUGAUGAGAACCAGGACUUCUUCGCCGGUGGUGAAAAGUCAGGUCUUGCCGUUCAGAACCCAAACCAGUCAAAUCCGCGCGAUCAGAUCAACAACAUCCUGAAGCGCGCACGACAGAACGCUCCCCGACCAGGCGGUGACGAGGAGCAGCCCGCCAGUUCCUCUCAUUUCCGUGGCGCAGGUACUACCCUAGGAGGCGAUGAUGCUCCCUCCCGAACUAUUCCAGACCCCACCGCCAACAUCCCCGCACCGCCCCCGCGCGCCCACCGCGAGCUUCACCUCUGGCGUGACGGCUUCUCAGUCGACGACGGCGACCUGUUCCGGUACGAUGACCCGGCCAACGCACGUACACUGGAGAUGAUCAACACGGGCCACGCUCCAUUGCAUAUUCUCAAUGUAGAACACGGCCAGGAGGUGGAUGUCGAAGUGCACGCGCACAAGGACGAGGACUACAAGAAGCCAAAGAAGAAGUACGUUCCCUUCUCGGGUAGCGGAAACCGUCUGGGCAGCCCCACCCCUGGUGCAAGCUCAGCGGCUGCUCCCAUGGCACCGGCAGCUUCAAGUAGCACGGCAGCCUCGACUCCAGCCGCCUCUGCGCAACCUACCGUCGACGUCGACUCAUCGGCUCCUACCCUCACGCUCCAGCUACGCCUUGGUGACGGUACACGGCUGACCUCGCGGUUCAACACUACACACACUAUUGGCGACGUCUACGACUUUGUCGGCAGGGCUAGCUCGGCCAGUCAGGAUCGCGAGUGGGCGCUCAUGACCACGUUCCCCAGCAACGAGCUGACGGACAAGGCCCAAGUGCUGGGUGACAUUCCAGAGUUCAAACGUGGUGGUGUAGUGGUACAGAAGUGGAAGUGA